AUGGGCGAUUGUGUGGCGCCAUCGUCCGACGCCGAAUCGUCAAACGUCAACGAGGCGGUGCGCAUGGUCUUUGGUGAGCGCGGUGGCGUGGACAACAGUAUGGGAGUGGAAGAUGAAGGUGACAUUGGUGGAAGCAUGUGCGAUGACGAUGAGGAGUUUAGACUCGAUGUUGAUGUAGACUCUUUAGCAAACUUUGGAGGCAGUGGCGGUUUAGAUCCACUGCUCGAGCUCGAUGUUGAUGUAGUAGUUGUUGUUGUUGUCGUAGUCGUAUAUUCGUUGUCCUUUGAUCCUCCAACCAUCUUGAAUAGCUUGCUCAGACGUUUCUCGCGUUUCUGGCUGCCAGACUGCAUGUUGAUCGGAUCCAUUGUCUAUGUAUUUGUUGCUGUUUACUCUUUUGCUAAUUGCUGCUGUUGCUGCUGUUGCUGCUGUUGCUGGAUGUGGUGGCUGAGCUACCGUUCUCGCCGGAGGAAACGGCUAGUACCUCUGACACCCUCUAUCACUACUACUUGUUCAGCUGUGAUGUCGACUCAAUCAAUCUAUCUUAACUAA